AUGUACUGGUUCUUCUUCUUCCUUCUACUUCUGGUGGCGGCGCCCGGAUCAGUCGCCGGCGGAGAACUUGUAAGGCGUCUACCAGGUUUUGACGGCGAUCUUCCCUUCAAGCUCGAAACAGGAUACAUUAGCGUGGAUGAGGUAGAAAUGUUUUAUUAUUUUGUGGAAUCAGAAGGAAACCCUAACAAGGACUCCCUUUUCCUAUGGCUCACCGGUGGCCCUGGUUGUAGUGCUUUUUCUGGCCUCAUCUAUGAAGCUGGGUUUGGUGGUGGUUUACCAAAAUUGAAAUACUACCCUUAUGGACGAACAAAGAUAUCUAGCAUGAUAUUUCUCGACGCACCAGUGGGCACUGGUUUCACGUAUUCAACAACAACAAAAGGCAAUGAAAACGGGAGACAUUCAUUUCCUAUCGAUCUAAAAGGUUACUUGGUGGGAAGCCCGUUGACGGAUUGGUUCAUCGACUUGAACUCCAGGGUACCUAUGGCUCAUAGGAUGGGAAUUAUUACAGAUGAGCUCUAUGAGGUACCUAAAUAUACUUACUUAAUCAAAUGA